CUUCCUCCCAUCGGCCUCGGCUUGCGGGCCUUUCAAACAUGGAGGAGCGCGAGUGGGGGGCGAGGUCGGCUCGCGCCGCCAGCCCCGCCAGCCCGCCCAGCCCGCGGCUGGACGUCAGCUCCGACAGCUUCGACCCGCUGCUGGCCCUGUACGCGCCGUGCCUGCCGCCCAUCCCCUACCCCAACGCGCCCUGUUUCAACAACGUGGCGGAGUACGAGAGCUUCCUGCGGGGCAGCGGGCGCGGCGGGCGCGGCCGGGCGCGGGGCGCGGGAACCCCGGACCCCGAGCGUAUCCAACGCCUGCGCCGCCUCAUGGUGACCAAGGAGGACGCGGACGGCACGGCCGGGGCACGACGCCAGGGCCCGGGGCGCAGCAGGAAGGCGCCGCGCAACGUGCUCACGCGGAUGCCCUUGCACGAAGGCAGCCCUCUGGGUGAGCUCCAUCGCUGCAUCCGGGAGGGGGUGAAGGUGAAUGUUCACAUCCGCACUUUCAAGGGACUUCGGGGCGUCUGCACAGGCUUCCUCGUUGCAUUUGACAAAUUCUGGAAUAUGGCACUUACAGAUGUGGAUGAAACCUACCGUAAACCUGUUCUGGGCAAAGCAUACGAACGGGACUCUUCGUUGACUCUUACUAGGCUGUUUGAUCGGCUGAAACUUCAGGAUUCCUCCAAGAAGGAAGCGGAUUCUAAGUCUGCAGUCGAAGACUCCACUCUGUCUAGAUACUCCCAGACCUCCACCUGGAAGGUGGCUUCAGUGUGGGGACAUGGAGACACUGACCGGGGCUCACACAAGCGUUCCCGCUCAGUCCCUUCUUCCCUGCAGGCAUCUGCAAGGGAGGAGUCCAGAUCUGAGCUGUCAGGGAGGACUACACGGACAGAAGGGUCCAGUGUGGGAGGUACCUUUUCCAGGGCCACCACCCUCUCCAGGGGCCAGCCCCGUAAGAAAAAGCGAAAGCCCAAGGUAGAUUACCAGCAGGUAUUCACACGGCACAUCAAUCAGAUUUUCAUUCGAGGCGAGAACGUACUGCUGGUUCAUCUUGCACAGUGACCAGCUCGGCCCCAUGUUGGGUUUUAGUAAUAAAGUGCAUGAAUUGCUCCUACUGUAUCCUAGUAUCCCAAUGAGACUGAGUUGGAAUGAUUCCCUCUGGUCCUGCAUGUGCAGAGGACAGAGCAGGCUCACCCUCUGGAAGAUGAGCUCCAGGGAGGACAGGCUUCGGGAAGAGGGGCCGUUGAACUCAUGCCAUGGGGAAAGGCUUCAUAGGUACGUGCAUCUGACUAGCUGUUGUUGCCUACUUCAGAUUCUCAAGCCUAAUGUAAGCUCUUCCCUCUGUCUCAGGGGUCACGGUAUGAGUGGAAUUCACUCCUCAGAAACUUUAGGACAUGGGAAAGAAUGGUCUCAGUUUUACAAGCUGAGGCCCUAUCAUGGAUUUGAUUCUAAGAGCAGCAGUGUAAACUGCCCUAGAGCCCUCCACCCAUGUCUUGUAACUGUCUCUACACAAUUCUCCCUUGAUCAAGAAAUGAAAUUUAUUGUCCUUGAAUAUCAGCGAGGUCUGGGAAAGCUACCAACUUGUGUAGGAGUGAAAUUUAGAUGGGUGGUUCCGGGCAGCAUCCAGCAGUGGCUGCUCUGCUGUGACCCCUCUCCUCCUGGGAAGGAGUGCGGGCGCUCACUAGUCUUCCCUUCACCAGAGGUGGCCUCUGCACAUGACAUACCAGAUGGGACUAUAACGUGCUUGUGCUUCUUGUCCUCUCUGACUCCAUGGCAUGGUGCUAGUGCAUGUGCUCUGUGGUAUGUGAACUGUCCUCAUGUGCCCUCCAUGUCUGACUUCAGAGAGUUCCAUAUGAGCUCAGUAAUACACGUGCAUAACACAGCUGGCAGUCCCCUUUGCAGGAGGGCUGCUUUUGUGUAGUGUCUCAGAAUUGUUACACCGUGAGAGAGGGGUGGUGCUUUCAUUCUGUGUCAGGCCAAAGAAGUUCCUAGAAAGUUGAGUGGGUGUGUCCUAAAGGGCAUGAGACUGACCGGUAGGCUUGAGUGACAGGAAUGCCGAAGACCGCGGAUGUUCCUACUUGAAUUGUGUCACCAUACGCUUUUCAAUCACAAGUGCAGAAUGGGCUGCAUCUUGACAUAGACUGUUAGACUGCAAUGUUGAUUUUUUGGGUUUUGUUUAUAUUUGCUUUAUCUUAGAUAACUUAUGUUCAAAGUGAGAAUAAGAAAUAGCUCAUUAGUUCAAAUGUAUGAACAGAAAAAUUUCCCUGCUGUGUUUAUUGUAGAAUAUGGAUUGGCCUCCUGAGAAUCAGGCUGGGUAACAUUUAAGGAGCUGAACACUGGCUCCUCUUUUGGCUGGACCACUGCCUCAUCAGACAAUGAAAAGUGGGCAGGUAUAACUCCACUGUGCCUCAGUUUCCCCAUCAGCCACCUACCUCACCGGGGCAUUGUGACAGAACUUAAAGAAGGCAUUUUUUAGCCUCUCAACAUGUUUAAGUGCCGUGAGUAAUUUUUACUAUUUCAUAGUUCUGCAAGAAUUCUCUUUGUCUUUGAGCAAGGCAGGUGCUGUAUAAGAAAGGGGUCUUCCUAGGCAUCUCUCGCCAUGGGCUCGUCACCAUCAUCAGAAGUCAGUGAACACUCAGCAACUGUUUUCCAAUUCCAGUCCUUCACCUGGAGGGUCGGUGGAAGUUCUCAAGAAUACCUCAUUAAGAGGAGUGUGAGGUUUCUUUGUUUUGCUGCUCCCCCUUAUCCCCAGUCCCCACCUUUUUCUUAUAAUUAUCAGAAAGAAUUCCCUUGAUCUUUUCAAGAGAUAGUAUGGCAGUUUCAAAGGAAGAGUGUGCACCUACAAACAGCAUUGUCCCCAAAGGGGAACUUGUGGACUUUGUUUAUUUUCUCUUUGUUUUUAUUUUUAAAUGUGUCUUGCAUUCUAGAGCCAGACCAGGUGCCCUAAAGUUUAGAGAGGCUCUGGGCAGAGUUGCAUUAACAGUUAUUUGUAAUCUGCUGGUCUAAGUGCUCACUGACUCAUGUGUCCCAAAUCACCCAUCAGGUGGAUCAGGCAGUGUUGCCUAUGCCCCCCCCCCCCCCGUGUGGUUGUCCUCCAUCGUCUACUCUGGUGUCCUUUAGCUGAUGCUCUGAUGGAAGCUCUCUUUUCCCAGUAAUGUAGAGAUGAGCAAUCAGAAGGGACAUGAUGAGUGUUGCUCAUUCCAGGGCCUGGGUAGGUCCACCUGAUUUACUUUAUACACGUGCCAGUUUUCAUGUUUGUACGUAGCUUUCACAGAUCACUAUAAGGAUUGAUUUACAAUUUUCCCCUCAAUAUGACAAUUCUGGCUGUGAAACGAUCUUUAAGCCAUCUGUGCUCCAUCACACGAUGUCUUCCAUUAUAUUGGCCAGUUGGACAGUGGUUCUGGAAUGAAUAGGAAAGAAAUGUGCUGUUUUGUACAAAGCAUGAUCAUUAUUUUUAGAGAAAUAAGUUUUUAAAAGUAUUGCCUUUAUUAUUGGAGAAAUUUUCAAAAAUAAAGAAAAAUAAGUCCUAAUAAUAUAUUGCUGCUAAAAAAAAAAUAUUAUUGAAUAGGUCAUUAUAGUAAGUUGCUGUGGUGGCUGGGUGGAGGUUAAGUAACUCAGUGAUAGAGCAUGUGCAUUCAUGAAGCCCUGGGUUCAAGUCCCAGCAUGAAUGAGUGAGUGAAUGAGUGAAUGAGUCAGUCAGUAAAAGCUGCUAUGGAAACGACCGAAGUUUCUCUUAGGAGAAGGAAAGAAUAGGGGAAGUAAUAUUUGCUGUUUGCAUCCUAGAAGACAUCCCUCCAUUCUCCCCCCAUUCUCCCUGCCCCUUACCCAAGGGGGCUCCUCCACAACUAGAAUGCUGGCAAGCUGCUCUCCUGUAUUUUGCAAGGAUUCUGACUUGGGCAAUUUGUUAAGAUUAGUCCUUAUUUUUGAACAAACAGCUUUGAUUGUUUGAAGGAAUCUCUAAACACCCAAAUACAAUACGCAGGACCUCACCAAGAAUGUAGGUAUGUCCUGGCAUUUGUUUGUGCUCAACUUGCAAGAGGUGGUGGAAGUGUUGACUAGCAUACCCCGACCCCCUGGGGAAAGUCAUACACUGCAAAAGCUUAGGGGAGGAGUCGGCAGUGUCUAAAUCUGGUCCUGGGAACUUUUUUUUUUUUAAGUAUUAAGUGGGUGAUUUAAGCAUUAAAUGUGUGAUUUCAGUGUGGGAGUCAGGGUUCUCCUUGCUCUGUUAGGUGAUUUAGAAAUGGAAGCUAUCUCUCAGCCAGAGCGAUGCCACAUGCCGUUCCUUGUCCACAGAAGGGACCCUGUGUACUCCACUGACAGUGCAGCAUCCCCUUAGGUUGUUUUAGUUGGAAGCCCAGGCUUGCUCUCGUAGGCCCACAGGCAGGCCACUUCUGAAAUGAUUCACCAGUUAUCAGUAUCUGAGGCACUGGAGCACUUGGCACCUUGUUCUCUGUGCCUGGUGCACACCAAGGCAGAGAGCAUUAAGGUGUGGGUGCAUGUGAACCCUGGAUGCGAGCUGCUGGAGGGGCAGGAGCAGCCCAGGCUGUCCUCACUCAGAAAGAAUCCACCGUCAGAGAUGGACAGGUCGUGAGCCCUGAGCUGUCUCAGCCUCAUGAGCUUUCUAGAGAUCUGUAGACACAUUCCCUUUGAGACAAAGAAACGGAGACCUAACGUGGUGCAAAGUGGAUGUCUGUAUUCUACUUGCUCUCUGUGACAACCAACUGAGGCAGAGUCAUUAAAUGCAAUUGGUUCUGUAAAUUGCAUCUUUAAAUGUCCUCUAGAUUUGAGGGGGAGGGGGCAGGGUCUCCCUGUAGCCCCAGCUGGCCUGGACUUGCUAUGGAGACCAGGUUGACCUCAAUCUCGCAGAGAUCUGUGUGUACCAUCAUGCCUGGCAGGUUCUCUAUAUUUUGCCUUUAGGAAGAAAGUUAAAAUUAUUCAAAGACAGCUAGCUGUCAUUGGUGCUGCCCCAAACUUUCAGUUGUGUGUGUUUAUGAAUGAUGGCUGCUAUGGGAAAGUCUGGUUCAGAGGGAGUAUGAUGGUAUACAUAGAGUAGUUUGGCAGCUGUUUUAAUUCUUUUCCUGCACCACAUCUAGAAUGCAGCCAGCUGCAUUUCAUGACUCAGAUCACCUGUCCCUCAUGAAGGCUUUUUGUGCUGCAAAGCAGAGAUAUCUUACCUGGCCUGUGUGAUAGAGGCAGGAGUCUGUCAUAACCUUUUGGCAAAUUGGUGGAUUUAUGAUAAACCUUUGGGGUUUCUGGGUGCUGAAGAAGGGUUGUGCCUCCUUAACUCUCAGUGUUUUGAGUGCUUUUAAAUGCUUUCAAAUUCUCUUGCUCUCUCAAGAAAUGGCUUUGGAUGGUUGGAAGAUCUAGGAAAAGAAAAUCAGUACACCGAGACCUUGAGUUGGUUUUUCAUUUAUUUAGAAUACAAAGUAGUUUGACAAGCUACCGGAGUUGAUGCUUCUUUCAGAGCUCUCUGAAGGCAUGGGGCCGUGUCUUGGGGAAGAUGCAGAAGGGAUUCCCAGUGCAGCACAGUUGCUUUUGAUUCUUAGUCUUUUGGAGCAAAUGUCAUGCUACCUCUGAUGUUAUAUUUUCAAAGCUGUGAGAAAAAUGUCUGAAAAUUUCAGGGAUAUUAUUUCAACAGUGGUGAGCUGGCUGCCUUUGUGCAGCUGGGCUCCCUAGCAGCUGAUCACCUUUUUCUGUUGUCCUGACUGUAAAGCAGACGGUAAGCUAUGCCCUAAAAGCUGGUCUGCCAGUUCACCCUGUAAUUCCAGCACUUGGAGACUUGAGGCAGGAGGAUGACUGUGUGUUCCAGGCCAGCUAGGGCUACAGAGUGAGACUCUGUCUCAUAAAAAAACAAAACAAAACUACAACAACUGAAAAAGCGAUUUGCUUAUUCCAAACUGACAUUCAAAGACGUCGGCCUAUUGGCAGCUGUAACCCUCUGUACCAGGACUGUUGGUGUGUUUUCAGACAAGGCUAAAGCUGGAUGACUGUUUAUAGUUUGAGUAUUCCUGUACCAACUGCUAAAAGGAAAACCACAACUAUCAUUGUCACGUUUCUCCUUAUUGUUAACAGGGCUCUUCCUGCUUGGGGGGAGGAGAGACUGCUGCUAGUGACUUCAGUUUGCAAUGUUCUGCUCUAGGUACGUGUCAAAUGGGAGUCUGGAAACUAAUAAAUAUGAUUGUAUUCA